CAAUAAAUACCCCAAAGUUAACCAGUAAAUAUAAAUAGGGACACCAAGUGCUCCUUUUUGGUAAGGAAGCACCAAACAAAAUACAAUAGUUUGUUAUCUACAAAGCUGAGCUAGUUUUAGCUUCUGAGCAUGGUGAAAAUGGAGAAGAAGGCCAUUGCUAAUUACUUCAAAUUAUGCAUCAUCUGCAUUUGUCUGACCACAUUAGCAAUGGCCACAAUUGAAGAUGAUGAGAAAGAUUGUGCUGACCAGUUGGGAAACCUUGCAUCUUGCAUGCCUUAUGUGAGUGGAAGUGCCAAAAUGCCCACUCCAGAAUGCUGCCAAGACACCAUCAAAGUGAGAAGUGCUAAGCCCAAAUGCCUUUGUGUUCUCAUCAAAGAGAGCACUGAUCCCUCAAUGGGUCUUCCCAUCAACACCACUUUGGCUCUCCAAAUGCCCACAUUGUGUAAGAUUGAUGCCAAGGUUUCCGACUGUCCUGCGAUACUUAAACUGCCCGCUAAUUCGGCCGAUGCGAAGAUAUUCCAAGUUGCAAAUGCAGGUUCAAGUAACACUCCGUCCGCGUCUACUGAUGCUACUCCAGCAUCAUCCUCAACAUCAACAUCUUCAACUUCUCCAUCUUCUUCUUCUAGCUCAUCGGCUUCAUCGAGUUCCGACACGAAGAAAACCACAGCCAGCAGCAGUAGCAGCAGCAGCUUUGGUGGGAUGAAGUUGGCUCAAAGCAUUGUGACAAUAAUUGCACUUGUGUUACUAAUCUAAAAUCCUGAUCAAAUCAUCCAGCUGCACUUAAUCUAUUUGUCCACGGCUUGCCAAGACAUCAAUAAUGUUGGAAAAAGUUUGAACAAUGAAAGACUAUGAAAUUAACUCAUCUUCUUAGACAGUGGCUCUGUUAUUCUCUCCUAGCUCAGCUAGUUAUCUUAGUUUUUUCAGUAGUAACAACAAUAAAUUUGAGAGAGAAUGGAUGUAAUGAUGUCUCCAAAAUUGAAUUGGUGCUUUAACCUUAAAUUUUAUUGGAUCAUGUGAUUUUCGUUACUUCUUGUAGCUAGAUUCUUCCUCUUCUUUUUUCG